AUGAUACACUGUAUUGCUAGCGACAAACCAAAACAAUGGGAUUUAGCUCUUCCUCAGGCUGAAUUUUCUUUUAACUGUCUUCCUAAUCGCUCCACCGACCUUGACCCAUUUCAAAUAGUGUACACUGAGGUUCCUAAUUUGACUGUUGAUUUUGUUGCUCUUCUGAAACUGAAAUCCAAGUCUACUAGUGAACUUGCUGAUGAAAUUGUCCAAAUGCACCAAGAUGUUAAGCACCGUUUAAUUCAGUCAGCUGCUGCUUACAAAGAGUCUGCUGAUAAACACCACCAUUUAAAGACGUUUUCUAAAGGUGAAUUGGUUAUGGUGCAUCUCCGUAAGGAACGUUUUCCUGCUGGCACUUACAACAAACUCAUGCCCAAGAAAAUCGGCCUGUGUCGAAUCCUCCACAAAGUGAAUGAUAAUGCAUACAUGGUUGAGCUUCCAUCUGACAUCCGUAUCUCCAACACCUUCAACGUUGUUGAUUUGUUCACCUAUCACCUUCUUGACGAUGCUCCAAUUGCAGCUACAAACUCAAAGUCGAGUUUUUCUCACAGUAGGGAAGACUGA